CACUCCCAUCAAAGAAGUGUUUCAACGCUGUCUUGACGUGUACCCACUAGCCUCGAGCGUGGUGGAUUCAAGAUGGCUGCCGUACCCGUGAAUGACACUGUCGAUCGGAUGAGAUCAGCGAGGAAAUCGCCUACUCUUGGAUGGGAUGUGGCCGUCAACUACGGGAGAACGGAGAUCAACGUUAUUCUUGCCUCGGCACACAAGACCGAUACUGCUGGGGAAAAGGCCAUUUCCACCAUUUCUUGACACAAACGAAGACGGUGACGACUACGACAUCAACUACGAGUUUAAUCUGGGUCCUCCUACCAUCCAAUUCGUCGACACUCGCACCACACCCGUCUGUGAUCUCACCAUUGACAUCGUGGGCGGGAAGGCAUGGACUAAAAAGAAAUCUCUCGAUAUCACGAGCGGUGUGUACACGCUGCAUCUUGACAACUUCGAGCUGGCCACUGCCAACGGCGGCAACGACUCUACGAAUUACACGGAUGCCGCAACGCCUUUCGUUUUCCCGGCCGACAAUCCAACCGAUGGUGUGGUCGUUAUCGAUCUCCCUUCGUCCAAGAGCCUCGCCGUCACGAUUGACACCAACACCACAUCGAACACUGUCGUCUUUAUCGAGAAGCACAAGAGCCAGAUCGGCGAUAGACUCAAGGCAAAGUUGCGCACGGACUACUCCUCGGUCCGCCUGGAGCUCGCCCGCGUGGCUUCGUCCCCGCCGCCCUCGGCCGACUGCGUCCAGCUCCAGCCGAGAAGCUUCAUGUUCACAACGUACAAUCCUCCCAGCUCCUCUGGCUCCGAGGUUCUCCUCAGCCUCCUCAUCCAGACCCGCGACGGGAACAACCCUGGCGUGAGGGAGGAUUUGGCCGACGCCUGGAACAAUCGCUGGCGACACGACCUCGGAUGCUCGCCCGUCUCCUCGGGCCAUACGGCGAGCAUCAUCUUUAACAAGCAGAUGAUUCAUGACAGCAUGAUCAAGCCUACUCUCAAGGACCAGACUUUUGACAGCACACUCGUGGACACGGAAGGCAGUCUCGAGAUAUCCGUGUCCACUGGCAAGAAGGUGCAUCGUGAUCGGUACUACAAGCACAGAGAUAACAUGGAGGAAUGGACCGUCUCCGAAAUCAAUGUUACUCUGCCCGAUCUCCACUUACAACUUCAUGAGACCCCUGAGCACAAGGCUGAAUGCUAUGGUCGCUGGAGUUAUCAAUAUAGCUUCGAUUGGUCGCACUACAUCGCAGGCGAAUACCCUGUUAACGAAUAUGGUUCCGUCACAGUUACUAAUGACUUGAACAAGGCCUUGAGUAUCUUUACCAUUGCUGACGACGACACUAUCGACGUUCAAUGCUCAAUAUCAAAGGCGGAUUGGACGGUAGAAAUGACUCCCGACGAUCCAAGCUUUUGGGACGCAUUUACCGGUAAGAGAAAGGUGGUCCCAGACUGGGUCAAAGAUCUUUGUCCUGAACUUCCGGGUUUCAACAUCAAUCUCGGCAAACUUUACUUCUUCCGGACCACCAAUCUCCUAAUGCCGACGCAGAAGAUUAUCAGCAUUGAUCGAGGCGUUGGGCUUCAUGUCCCGCAGGAUUUUUAUCUCAUCGGGCAAUUGGUUGGAGCUUAGGCUUUGAGUCUAUUUCCAUUUUUUUGUCUAGCUUCGCUUUUUCAGUUUCGAUUAUCAGUCGCCAUUAUCAAUCCGCCCAAUUCUAGAAAUUGUUUCUGUGAUCUAUAAGGCCUAGAAGGUCUGCAGUUCAGUUAGCCCCUUAGUGAGGAACCCAACAUCGCCUGCACUUGCCACUGGAAUAUAUCCCU